GAGGAGGGAGUUAAAUAACAAGUAGUGUCAUUUUGGAGGAUAUAGUGCACUUUUCCCUUUAACAUAGAACAAAAAAUAAUAUUUAUCUUUAAGCGUGGUCAUUUAAACUUUAAACAUCCAGCAGGUGUUUUGGAAAGUUUAGUCAUACCUAUUCGUGUCUCCCCUGUCGUAGAAACUUACGUGUUACGGCCCCACGUGUGAAACAGGAGGAAUAGCUUCUCACUGAGCGCCAUGAAGUAAACUCUGUAAAUGGGUAAAAAGUGCUGAUAAUUCCCCGCCAAAGAAGAUGUUGUUCGGAAAAGAAGUGCCAUGGCGGCGUUUGGAAGGCAUGUCGUUUGGCAUUUACUCCGCCGAAGAGAUAAGAAAGUUGAGUGUGAAAGCCAUCACUAACUUCAGGUUCCUGGAUGGUGUUGGGAAUGUGGCCCCAAACGGCUUGUAUGAUCUGGCUCUGGGACCAGCAGACAUCAAAGAGGUGUGUUCAACCUGCUGUCAGGAUUUCAACAACUGCCCAGGCCACCUUGGACACAUAGAGUUACCUCUACCUGUGUACAAUCCAUUGUUCUUUGAUAAACUCUACCUGCUGAUCCGUGGCUCGUGCCUGGCGUGUCACAUGCUAACAUGUCCUCGAGCUGCCAUGCACCUGCUGCUGAACCAGCUCAAGUUAUUGGACCACGGAGCCAUGCAGGAGGUCUACCAGAUCGAACAAGUUCUCGGCCAGUACAUGGAGGAGAAUGUCAAAGCGACUGUCGAUGAGGUCGUGCAGGUGCUGCAGGUGUUUACAGACGCCACAGUUGGAAUGAACGCAGCGACUUCAGAGAACACCAAACCUAUUAAGCACUUGGUUGAGAAGAAAGGCAGUUUGAUUAACGACUUCUGGAAGAUCCAUAUGAAAACCAGGAAGUGUCCUCACUGCGGUUGUGGCAGGUCUACAGUGCGUCACGAACACAACAGUAAGCUGAUUGUCACGAUGCCAUCAGGAGCUCAAACCAGUGACAAAACUGAAGAAGAUCUGCUGCGUGGAAAGAGAGUCUACAUGACUGCCAGCACUGCUCGAGAGCACGUCAACAAAGUGUGGGAAAAGGAAGGUUUCUUCCUCAAGUGUCUGUUCUCUGGGCUGGAGGAGUGCAUGUGGUCCAAAGAAGGGGGAAGCAGUUUCUACCCUGACCUCUUCUUCCUGGAGCUGCUUGUGGUCCCGCCAUGCAGGUAUCGUCCAAUCAAUCGCCUGGGUGACCAGAUGUUUACUAACGGUCAGACAGUGAACAUGCAGGCUGUCAUGAAGGACUGUGACGUCAUAAGAAAACUCCUGGCCCUCAUAGCUGGCGAGAAAAUUGUCCCGGAGACAGAGGCUGUCGAGCAGACGGACCAGUCGUUUCUGUCCGGGAUCCUGGGAGCGACUCUAACAGAUAAACUGUACAACGUGUGGGUCCGCCUGCAGAGCCACGUCAACAUCGUCUUUGACAGCGACAUGGACAAACUGAUGACAGAGAAAUACCCUGGGAUCAGACAGAUCCUUGAGAAGAAAGACGGAUUAUUUCGGAAACACAUGAUGGGCAAACGUGUGGACUACGCCGCAAGAUCUGUCAUCUGCCCAGACAUGUACAUAGGCACCAACGAGAUAGGAAUACCUAUGGUUUUCGCCACCAAGCUGACCUACCCUCAGCCAGUCACUCCCUGGAAUGUGAAGGAGCUCCGGCAGGCCGUUCUCAACGGGCCCAACGUCCACCCCGGUGCCUCCAUGGUGAUAAACGAGGACGGCAGGAAAACCAUCCUCUCCCCUACCUGCCUCGCACAGAGGGAGGCGGUGGCCAAGGAGCUGCUGACGCCCUCUCCAGGUCCACGCAAGAUGCCCAUGAAGAUCGUGAAUCGACACAUAAAGAACGGAGAUGUUUUGUUGCUCAACAGACAGCCGACUCUGCACAGACCCUCCAUCCAAGCCCACUGUGCACGCAUCUUACCAGGAGAGAAGGUGCUGAGGCUCCAUUACGCCAACUGUAAAGCUUACAAUGCUGACUUUGAUGGGGAUGAAAUGAACGCUCACUUCCCUCAAAGUGAGCUGGGCCGAGCCGAGGCCUACACGUUAGUCAGCACUGACCAGCAGUACCUCGUCCCCAAGGAUGGUAAACCUUUAGCAGGCCUGAUCCAGGACCACAUGGUGUCAGGAACAAGGAUGACAAUACGAGGCUGCUUCUUCACCAAAGACCAGUACACUGAGCUGGUGUACAGAGGGCUGACAGACAAACCGGGCAGGGUGAAGUUACUUCCUCCAGCGAUACUCAAACCACAGCAGCUAUGGACGGGAAAACAGGUGGUGUCGACCCUCCUGCUGAAUGUGAUCCCAGAGAAAGCUGUCCCUCUCAACCUGGCUGGCAAAUCAAAGAUUCCUAGUAAGGCGUGGAUCCAGGUCCCACCACGAGCCAAUCCAGGGUACCAACCCGAGAGCAUGUGUGACUCUCAGGUGGUGAUUCGUCAGGGGGAGCUGUUAGUUGGGGUUCUGGACAAAGCUCAUUAUGGCUCCUCGGCUUACGGUUUGGUGCACUGCUGCUAUGAGCUGUAUGGAGGGGAAACCAGCGGCAAACUGCUCAGCUGUCUGGCUCGACUCUUCACUGCAUACCUGCAGCUCUACAGAGGCUUCACUCUGGGAGUGGAGGACAUCCUGGUAAAACUAGGCGCUAACAAGCGAAGGAAGAAAAUUAUUAAGGAGUCGCUGAAGAUUGGAACCAAAGCGCUCCAGGCUGCUUUUAAUCUGCCCUCCAAUGUGGACCAAGCCGAGGCUCAGAGUCGCUGGCAGGAUGCUCACCUCAACCCAGACCAGAGAGACUUCAUCACGGCCGACCACAAGUUCAAAGAAGUGGCAAACCAAGUCAACAAUGAUAUCAACAAGGUAUGUAUGCCAGUUGGACUACACACCUCUUUCCCAGACAACAACCUCCAGCUGAUGGUCCAAUCAGGAGCCAAGGGGUCUACAGUGAACACCAUGCAGAUUUCCUGUCUGCUUGGUCAGAUUGAGUUGGAAGGCCGUAGGCCUCCACUGAUGCCCUCUGGGAAAUUCUUGCCGUGCUUCCAGCCCUAUGACCCUGCGCCCGGUGCUGGGGGAUUUGUUUCUGGAAGAUUCCUCACAGGCAUCAAACCACAGGAGUUUUUCUUCCACUGCAUGGCUGGCAGAGAAGGACUGGUCGACACGGCCGUGAAAACAUCCAGAUCAGGAUAUCUGCAGAGAUGUGUCAUAAAACAUCUGGAGGGUUUGGUAGUGCAGUACGACCUGACGGUAAGAGACAGCGAUGGCUCUGUGGUCCAGUUCCUGUACGGCGAGGACGGACUAGAUAUCCCCAAAACUCAGUUCCUGCAACCAAGACAGUUCCCCUUCAUAGAAGACAACUAUGAGGUCAUCAGGAGGUCGCAGGGCCUGGAUGAGGUUUUGGCACGUUUAGACCCUCAAAGUGCCACUAAGCACUUUGCUGCCAUCCAGCGCUGGAAAGCAAAGAGAGAGUUAGCAUGUUCACGGAGUGGAGCGUUUUUGCUUUUUUCCCAGAAGAAGCUGGGAAAAUUAAAACAGACUGAUGAAGUAGAGGCCGACUGUGGCAGAAAUCCUGCUGUGCUGCAGCUUGUACAACAAUGGCAUACUCUGGAUGAAGCUAGCAGAUCCAAAUACUGCAGGAAGUCCUCCCGCUGCCCGGAGCCGUCGCUGGGCCUGUUUAGGCCUGAUGUCUGCUUUGGAUCAAUCUCUGAAAACUUUCAUGGCAUCACAGAGAAAUACCUGCAGAGCAGAGACACUGUGAACCAAGACAGACUGGACACACACAGCCUUCGCCAGCUGCUGCAUUAUAAGUGGCAGCGUUCGCUGUGUGACCCAGGUGAAGCUGUGGGUCUGCUGGCAGCUCAGUCCAUAGGCGAGCCCUCCACCCAGAUGACUCUCAACACCUUCCACUUUGCUGGCAGAGGAGAGAUGAACGUCACUUUGGGAAUACCUCGUCUGAGAGAGAUCCUGAUGGUGGCCAGCGCCAACAUUAAAACCCCCAUGAUGAGCGUUCCAGUGCUCAACAACAAGAGAGCUUUGAAGAGGGUGAAAGUGCUUCGUAAGAAGUUGGCCCGGGUGUGCCUAGCUGAGGUGCUGCAGAAGGUGGGUGUGGUUGAGACGCUGCGAAUUGAAAAUCACCACAAGCUGCGGGUGUUCAAAAUCACCUUCCAUUUCCUGCCUCCAGAGCGCUACUCUGAUGAUAGGCUGUUGUCACCCCAGCAGAUCCUCCACUACAUGGAAACCAGGUUCUUCCGUCUCCUCCUCGAAGCCAUAAAGAAGCGCUCUGCCAAGCUGGCCUCCAUCGCUGUGGAGACCAGGAGGGCCACCGCCAGAGACAGGGAUGAUGACGGCAAUGGAGCAGCUGCCUCAGGAGGGCAGUUAGAUGAAGGAGAGGAAGAGCAGGAGCGAGAGAUCGUUGACGACCAGGAGAAUGAAGGAGAUACUGACGCUUCGGAUGCAAAGAGGAAAGGCAAACAGGAAGAGGAGGUGGACUAUGAAAGCGAGGAGGAAGACAAUGGCGAUGACCCAGAGGAUAAAGAGGACCAGGGCGUGGAAGAGGUGGAGGAGGAGACGACCGCUGUGGAGGAGCCUCAGGCUAACGGGAGGAGAACCGAGAAGAGAAAGAAGGGAGAAAAACGAGUGGAAGGAGCAGAGUCGCAGAGUGAGAUGAGAGUGAACUCUGUGCUGGAGUCAAACGCAGCCAUAGAGAGAUACAGCUAUGACCACAAGCAUGAACUCUGGUGUGAGGUUGACCUGGCAUUACCUGUGAGCAAGGUGCACUUUGAUCUGACCUCGGUGCUGACAUCGCUGGCCCAGAACGCCGUCAUCAUGGAGACCAAGGGCCUGACGCGCUGCCUGCUCAGCGAAACGACAACAAAGACCGGAGAAAAGGAAACCGUUCUGAACACUGAGGGAAUCAACAUGCAUGAAAUCUUCAAGUACAGUGAUAUCUUGGACAUCAACAGACUGUACUCCAAUGAGGUGCACGCCAUGGCGAAGACAUAUGGAAUUGAGGUGGCACUGAAGGUCAUAGAGAAAGAGAUCAAAAAUGUCUUUGCUGUCUAUGGUAUUGAAGUUGACCCCAGACAUCUAUCACUGGUAGCAGACUACAUGUGCUAUGAAGGUGUAUAUAAGCCACUGAACCGACACGCAAUCCGGUCCAACUCCUCUCCUCUGCAGCAGAUGACCUUCGAGACCAGCUACAAAUUCCUCAAGCAGGCCACCAUGCUAGGAUCACAUGAUCAGCUGGUGUCACCCUCAGCCUGCCUGGUGGUGGGGAAAGUAGUCAGAGGUGGAACAGGACUCUUUGAAUUGAAGCAGCCUCUGCAGUAGAGACAGAGAUGCUGACAGUGGUUAGAUAUGAUGUGAUAAGAUCACAGCUGAUCCGGUCUGCAGGCUCCUUACAUCCUCUACAGAAUGCAUCAGUAAAUAUGUUUAUUUCCUUUUAGCAAAAGCCUUCCAGGCUGCAAUGUUUCAUUAAAAGAACAUAAAAACUGAUGGAAUAAGUCAAUUUGUUUUCAUUUCUUAAUAAAAGGAAAUAUUGAAUUUUG